AUCAGAGAAAAUAGUUGUUGAAUUAUAAAAUAAGCGUAAUUUGACAAACUGUAACUCAAUUUUAGAGUAAUGAACUACAAUACCCAGCAUCCCCAGCAACGAUAAUUUUCGUCAUACACUAGCGCCGCUACAGCAAGCAUGGCUGCGGUGGUGACGGGCACAGUGUCUCAAAGAGCUCCGCUGUCCAAGUUGCAGUCUUUAAAUGGACUUUUUGCAGUUUAUAAAAAACAAGGACCCACAUCGGCCGACGUGUUAAAUAGGCUGAAGGAGAAACUUCUACAAGAGGUGGGUGAGAAGCAUCAGAACCCCCGCAAGAGGAAGAAGGCACUGCUUAAAAUGGGGCACGGUGGGACGCUGGACAGCGCUGCCUCUGGCGUUCUUGUGGUUGGGAUUGGCAGCGGGACCAAAAUGUUAACCACCAUGCUGACAGGUUCCAAGAAGUACAGUGCUGUAGGAGAGCUUGGGAAGGCCACAGACACGCUGGACGCCACAGGAACUGUCACCCAGGAGAACAGCUUUGAGCACAUCACCAGAGAGGACAUGGAAGAGAAGCUGAAGAAGUUCACUGGAGAGAUCAUGCAGGUCCCACCGCUAUAUUCAGCCCUAAAGAGGAACGGACAGCGACUCUCUGUCCUGCUAAAGCAGGGUCAGAAGGUGGAAGCAAAGCCGGCUCGGCCAGUGACCGUGCACCGUCUGAGCCUGAAGGACUUCAGUCCCCCCCUCUUUACCCUGGACAUUGAAUGUGGUGGUGGUUUCUAUGUCAGGAGUUUGGUGGAUGAUCUUGGUAAAGAGCUGUCCUCAAGUGCCCAUGUCAGGGAGCUGACACGCACCAAGCAGGGGCAGUUCACCCUGGAACACGCCCUGCAUGAGGAGCAUUGGACUGUGGAGCACAUCUCUCACUCGCUGAAGGAACCUCCUGGCCUCCCAGCUGCCAGUGAUGGCUCAGGGGAAAUGGAGAUGGAUCCCUACCCUGCUGUCAGAUCAGAGAGUGACCAUGAGGAACCAGCCAGUAGCUCCAGACAUCCUGAGAGAGAACCCCAUCCAGAUACUGGAGCACAGAGUGAGGCUGGAGGCCUGCCAAGCAGGGAGAAGAAUUUAGCUUGAAGUACUGUCAUGUCCAGAAAUCCCAGAAUUCCAGGCUUUCUGGGAAAUGGUUGCUUUCAGGGAAACCUGUGCUCUCCACUGUUUGACCUUGCUGGCGUUGAGGUCUGAGGGUGAGGUGUUCGGGUGGGUUACCGAAAAGCACAGCGAGUGUGCAUGUGUCUGAUCUCACAGCGUGCUGCACUGCAGGUGGCGUGUGGCUCAGAAGGUUUACACUCUACCCUAAUACCAGUUAAAAUCCCAGGCUCAGCAGUGAUGUCACCGUUGGCCCCUGAGAAAGGCCUUUAACCCCUGAUUGGUCCAGGAACUAGUUAACCCUAUUUUUUCACUCAUAUUUUGCUUUGGAUAAAAGCGUUUGCUAAAUAAAUAAAAUGUAAAUGCAUCAGACACGGUAGGAGUGUCUCUUUGGGUUUUGUGUGGCCGCUGUGAUGAGCUGGAAUUUACGGCGUCCUCCUGAUUUUUCUGCUUGAGUUUGAGAAUUCGGGCCAAGCUGUGCUCUGUUAAUAUUCUGCAAUGUGGAUUCUGAGUUUUGUCUUUUGGUCUGAAAUAAACACAGCCUCGCUGUCAAGCUUUAUGAUCAAA